AUGGAUGGGAACACCAGAGGAGGUAGACAUUCUGAAGCAUUAAAGAACUACAAUCUGGGCAGAUCAUUAGGUAUUGGCUCAUUUGGAAAAGUGAAGCUUGCAGAGCAUAAGCUUACAGGACACAAAGUUGCUAUAAAGAUUCUGAACCGCCGCCAAAUGGAAACAAUGGAAAUGGAAGAGAAAGCAAAUAGAGAAAUAAAGAUAUCCAGGUUGUUCAUUGACUUCAUUCACCCUCAUAUCAUCCGGGUUUAUGAUGUCAUUGACACACCUAAGGAUAUAUUUAUUGUCAUGGAAUAUUGCAAGAAUGGUGAGCUAUUCGACUACAUUGUUGAGAAAGGGCGGUUACAGGAAGAUGAGGCUCGUCGAAUCUUCCAGCAGAUCAUAUCUGGUGUUGAAUACUGCCACAGAAACAUGGUUGUUCAUCGUGAUCUAAAGCUAGAAAACUUGUUACUUGAUUCCAAAUAUAAUGUGAAACUUGUUGACUUUGGGUCAAGUAAUGUCAUGCAUGAUGACCAUUUUCUGAAGACAAGCUGCGGGAGUACAAACUAUGCUGCACCAGAGGUUAUCUUAGGUAAACCGUAUGCUGGACCUGAGGUUGAUGUUUGGAGCUGUGGAGUGAUACUUUAUGCUCUUCUUUGUGGCUCUGUUCCAUUUGAUGAUGAAUAUACUCCCAACUUGUUCAAAAAGAUAACGGGAGGUAACUAUAUCCUUCCAAGUCAUUUAUCUGAUCUUGCAAAGGAUUUGAUCCCAAGAAUGCUUCUUGUUGAUCCCAUGAAGAGAAUCACAAUCCGUGAAGUUCAAGACCACUCAUGGUUUCAGAAUCGCCUUCCUCACUACCUGGCAAUGCCUCCACCAGAAACAACACUGCAAGCCAAAGUGGAUAUCAAGUUAGGUCCAAAAAAUAUUGUAAAGCCACAUGUUGACCUUCUAUCAUCCAAACAUCCUGCCCAAUCAAAGUCAGAGAAGGCACUAACAAGAGUAGAAGAUGACUUGCUAAAAGUUAAUCCAACGUUCAAUGUACUCUUUACAUAUCUGAAUAUGCGCUUGGCUGCCGUCAAAUGA